UGUAGGUUAUGUUUGUUGUACCCAUGUUCUCUUUUUAUUGCUAUUUAUUUAAUAAAAAUACAGUGUCAUAACGAAGUACUGUUCAAAAAUAGCAACCAGGAUAAAGAGAAUUCCGCCUGGAGCGUUCCAAAUGGAUAAAGUCCUUAAUUCUAAUAUAAAAACGGCGUUUCAUUUAUUAAACGAGGGUAAAAUAGCCGCAACAGACCUCAUAAAAGCCUCAAUAGAAAAAGCAAAAAAACUAAACAAAUACAACGCUUUUAUAACCCUAACUGACAAUGAGGCAAAAAAGCAGUCGCAAGAAUCUGUCUCGCGUUACGAAACGAAGAAACCUUUGUCUCAGCUAGACGGCAUACCAAUUGCUAUUAAAGACAAUUUCUGUACUGGUAACAUUAGAACAACAUGUGGUUCCGAAAUGUUGAAAAAUUUCACCCCAACUUACAACGCCACUGUUUAUGAGAGAUUACUGAACUCUGGUUGUGUUCUCAUUGGGAAAACAAACUUGGACCAGUUUGCCAUGGGGUCAGGGACUGUGGACUCAAUUUUCGGGCCUACGAAAAACCAUUGGGGGUUUAAAAAAGACAAGUUUCAUAUUUCUGGGGGCAGUAGUGGAGGAAGUGCGGUUUCAGUGGCAACAGGGACGUGUUUUGCAGCUAUUGGGUCGGACACAGGCGGGUCUACACGAAACCCAGCCUCAUAUUGCGGCCUAGUGGGGCUCAAACCCACCUAUGGGCUGGUCUCAAGACAUGGGUUGAUCCCUCUAGUCAACUCCAUGGACGUGCCAGGGAUUCUGACCAGAUAUGUAGACGAUUGUGUCGCAAUUUUGAACAGUGUCGCCGGUUUUGAUCCCAAAGACUCAACUUCCCUCACAAAACCUUACAAAAGCAUCAAGUUACCACCGGCGAGCAAAUUGAGUAUAAAAAACUUGAAAGUUGGGAUUCCUCGUGAAUACCAUUGCGAGCAUUUAAAUGGCGAAAUUUUGCAAACUUGGGACGAAAUUGCGAAGUUUUUGCACGAAAAUGGGGCAAGUGUUGUGCAAGUCUCAAUGCUCCAUACCGAGUACAGCAUUGUGUGCUAUUCAAUACUAAACCAAUGUGAAGUUGCCAGCAAUAUGGCCAGAUUCGACGGCAUUGAAUUCGGUUUCCGGGCUAGAGAAAACUCAUCAACAGAAAAAUUGUUUGCAACUAGUCGAAGUUUGGGCUUUAACGACGUCGUCAGAAACAGAAUUUUAACCGGAAAUUAUUUCCUACUCUCUAGAAACUAUGAAAAAUAUUUUAAUCAAGCCCUGAAAGUCCGACGAUUGAUAUUGCAAGAUUUUGACAAUGUUUGGGAACAAGUUCAGGUGUUAUUAACACCAACAACACUAACUACAGCUCCUUUAUACAACGAUUUUGUACAAAAAACGAACAGAGAACAGUGUGCUUUGCAGGAUUAUUGUACACAACCGGCGAACAUGGCCGGAAUUCCUGCAGUUACAAUCCCUAUCAAAUUAUCAAGUAACGGAAUGCCGAUCAGUUUACAACUUAUGGGGCGAAACUUGAGCGAAAAUGUGCUCCUAGCAGUAGCAAAAUUUAUAGAAAACGCGGUACAAUUCAAACAUGAGACAAUAUAAUUUAAUCUUCCCCUGCCGG